AUGUUAUGGGAACUAAACCCGACGUUAAAUAUUUGGUCGGUGGCAACAGCGACAGCGAUCUCUCACCUAGCGGCCCUCUUAUUUAUAACGCUAUGUAUAGCCCUACCGCAGAAUAUUAAUGAAAAAACUAAAUUAUGUGCUGCUUUUUGUGUGUGUGGCGCACUUGGAUUUUACGGUAUUACCCUCUCCGUAAGUAAGAGCUUCCUCGUAGUAUGGUGUAUGUUUGCUAGUUUCGCCACAGCCGCUUCAAGCGUACUGCAACAGCCGAUAUACAACACUUUGAACGAAUUUGACAAAACCGCCACCAUGACGACUGCUAACGUCAUCGUAGCAGGCAUCCUUAUGGUGUGGUCCAUUGCAUAUAAUUACGAAUAUAAAACAUGCUUCUUCAUCGCCAGUCUUCUACAAACAGGCACAGCAUGCGUAUUCUUCAUAGCAUCGUUUAGAAGACGGAGA